AUGACCUCAACCGAUAAGGGCACGACAUUACCACCCGAGGUCCUGGAAGCCAUCAAAGCAGAACGACAUCCGGACGCACCAAGACGAUGUUUUAUCUGCCUGACAGACGAAGAUCCGUCCGAUCCUCCCGGGUCAUGGGUUGAUCCCUGCCCAUGUACUCUCGAGGCUCAUCAAGACUGCAUAUUAUCGUGGGUGACGGACUGUGAGCGCAACAAUAAGCCACUGGAAUGUCCGGUGUGCAAAUCCACGAUAGAGAUGGAAGGUGCUUGGGAUCCGAUAGUCGCAUUGAACGACUUGGUGCAUAAGCGAUUUACCAAAGCCAGCCCAUUCGUACUAUUCACAGGAGUAUCCAUGGGAGUGCAGUUCAGCUUACAGAUGUACGGUGCGCUGGCCUUGUGGUCAUUUGCUGGGAAAGGCACCAUGAUGCGGUUUUUGCUCGGUCCCGAGAUGGUCAUUGAUGCAAAGAACGCAGGUGGUAUGCAUUUUGUACGGGAACGUAUAUGGAGUGCGCUGGUAAUGAUGAAUGUGGCACCAACAUUACUCUUCAGUCAGCUGUUGCCCAACCUGAGCAACAAGGUGUUUCUACCUUCAGCAUCCUUGUUCGGCAUGUAUCAAAUCAUGCAUGACGAUACAUUCCUCACGUGGCCCCCGUCGCCGCGACUUGCAAUUGCUCUUUUCCCGUACGUUCGCUCGGUAUAUUACAACUUGUGGCGAGAGUUCGUUCUUCCAUACGAGAUCAAGCUCAACAGACAGAUCAUGGGCCUACCACCUGUUGACCCAAAUGCCCAAGCACAGCAAGGCAACAAUCAACGCCGACAAGCCCAAGGCAACGGAGAGGGGGGUUUUCUCGGCCUCUUGCAAGGUGUUCUUGACGCCCUUGAUCCAGACGACGAAGAUGAUGACAUGCAGGGAAAUGGUGCGGAGCGUUUUGAAAUUGUGCAUGGAGGAGAGAUAGAUGCCAAUGGCAAUCCAGGAGAGGAUGCCGAGGUAAUGAUUGAGCUGCGCAUUGAAGAAGUAGAAGAUAUUGGGGAGAACCUGAAUGCAGCAGCUCACGAAAACGAAGUCCAUGUGGAAUUGGACGGCGACGGCGACGGCGACGGCGACGGCGACGGCGACGGCGACAGAGGGCAGCUCGGCGAUCAGGAGCAGGAACCUCUACCGGCACCAGGAGAAGGAGAAGCCGAAGCAAAUCUAGGGGCAAUUGCUGCUGAUGAUCAACAACAACAGGCUCAACACGAGGCACCUCAAGCUCCGCCAGCCCGAAGGAUGGGCUUGGGUGCGCUGUUGUCAGGCAUGUCAAACGCAGUCGUCAGUGCUCUCAUUCUUCCUGGUGUUUCAUUUGUCAUGGGCGAGGCCCUUAGACUCGCCUUACCAAAGUCAUGGACGUCUUCUGCAUCACGGAAUCCAUGGGCGUUGUACGCUGGUGUAGGCGGUCGACCAGGCCUACUCCAACAACAAUGGGGUCGAAGCUUGGUCGGGGGUUGUCUGUACAUGGUGCUGAAGGAUGUCGUCCGAGUCUACGCCAAGUCAAGACGAGUGGCUGCAAUGAGCCACCGACGAGUGAAGAAUGUGGAUAGAAAGCGAGGAGACAAAUAG